AGGCAACGAGAGCGGGAUUCUCGAAGGGACCAAAAGUCGGCAGACAUGAGGGAUGUGAAGCUCUAACUCCAUAAAUAACCUUAAUCUCACGUAAAUGGAAAAAAAUUAGAACCCAGAAAAGGAAAAAACGAAGUCCAAAAUGUUAGGGCUGAAACUGAGCCUGGCGGCCUCAAUCUACGUGAAGCCAAGCAAAUUGGUCCGAACCAUAACCACCACCACCGCCACCACCCGGGCUCCACCCUCACUCCAACUAACGCGGCGCAUGAUAGCCCCUUUCUCACCCUCGGCCCAAUUUAGCAUUCCCAAUAAAAACCUACUUCCUUUUAGUAGGUUCGCCUUUCCCAACUGUUUCUCCUCCUCAGCAAACAAUAAAGGAGCCUUUAACGAGUCGGGUUCCGGGUCUAACGGCAUUAUUGUGGAUAUGGAUUCGGAUUCCAAAACGUCGCCGUUGGUGCAACAACAAGAAGAACACCACCCUAAAUUGUCUUCUCCUAAUAAUUCUUCUUCCCAAAUUUUAACUUUGCCCACUGUUUUAACCCUGGGCCGUGUCGCCGCCGUGCCGUUGCUGGUUUUCACCUUUUAUGUCGAUAGUUGGUGGGGAAGGACUGCUACAACUAGCAUAUUUAUUGCUGCUGCUAUAACCGAUUGGCUUGACGGGUACAUUGCUCGGAAGAUGAGGUUACGUUCUGUCUUUGGUGCAUUUUUGGAUCCAGUCGCUGACAAGCUUAUGGUUGCUGCUACAUUGGUCUUAUUAUGUUCAAGACCUUUGAAUGUUGCUAUGUUUGGGCAAGUGCCAUGGCUACUCAUUGUACCAUCAAUUGCCAUUAUCGGAAGGGAGAUAACUAUGUCCGCCGUUAGGGAAUGGGCUGCUUCUCAAAAUAGUAAGCUUUUAGAGGCUGUUGCGGUAAAUAAUCUGGGGAAGUGGAAAACUGCCACACAGAUGGCUGCACUAACCAUCCUUCUGGCUACACGAGAUACCAGUCUCGGAGAACCUGGGGUUUUAGUAGCUUCAGGCGUUAUCUUGCUUUAUAUUUCAGCGGGGCUUUCCAUAAUGUCAUUAGCUGUGUAUAUGAGGAAGAUAUGGAAAGUAUUACUAAAGUAGUUAUCUCUACCGGUUGGGUUGCAUUUGCUUGCGAAUUUUUGGUGCUGACUGUUUGUGGCUGAUCUCUCAUGUUACUUCAUGUCCUUUCUGACAAACAUCUGCACACGCGUGAAGCUGGAUUCUAUAUUUCACUGGAUUGAGGAGAAAGUCCUUUCUUUCGAAGUUCACAACUAUCAAAGUUUUUUCUAAUUAACUGUUUUGGUGAGGGUAGUAUUAAUAUAUUUGUGGGCUGUUCCUAUUUCAUAAGUUUCAGAAUAUUUUUGGGUUGAUAUAUUUGUGAUGAGGGUUUAGAAGUUGGAAUGAGGCAUCUUCUAUUUUUGUGGAGGAUGCCGGGUCCUUAAAGUAAAUUGAGUCCCAAUAGAAGCACAAUUUAUGCUGUAAUUUGCUACUGCAACUAGAGAUGAAGAAACUCUUACCGUGCCAUUGUAGUGUAAAUGACUAUUACUAGUCAAGUAGCUGCUUACAGGUUAUACACAAGAAUAUUUGAGGCAGAUCAUAUUAUGUAUAGCAAAAUUUCAUACCCUGUUUUAUAUUAUGAUGAU